AUGGAAUGUUCAGGGUCUGAACAUUCCGCUGGGGAGGAAACGGACGGGAGUGGCCUCGCUGUGGGCCAAAAGAGGAUGGGGAGCCUGAUGGGAAGUGCGGGCUCCAUCACCUCGCUGUCGGAGUCGGUGCUGGGCAACAAGCGCCUCUAUUCUGAGGUGGCGACUGGUUCCGGCACCGACACUGAGGUCGGUGUGCCACGGGCACAGUCAGUGGCGAAGAGGGGCAAGGCCCGGGGUGCCUCGCACCUGACGAGGGCCCGGGCUGAGGCGAGGAGGAGUCGAGAGGAGGAUGCCGAGGCUUCCUUCUCGGCCUCUCUGGGGGCUCGGGCCUUCCGGAGGGGAGGACCCCCGAGUGGUGGGGACGAUGAUGUGGUGGUGGCCCCCAUUGAUGCGCGGGACUUUGGGGCCAUGGGUGCUGAUGGACUCAUGGCCACUGCGGUGGAGAGGCUGGGUAUAAUAACCAGCCUCGUCGGAAAGACUGCCGCCCUCAAGGGGGGCUUUAACUCCAAAAUUAUGCGGGCCUCCUCGGAUAUCAGGGAUAUCGUGGACACCCUGGUGGCGCGCAGCGAGUCGGACGAAGUUCGACGCCUUAAGGCCGAUAAUGGUCGCCUCCAAAGGGAGGUGGCCAUUAUGAAGGCUGAGGUCGCUGCGCUCCGCCGGGGGUUCGAGGAGGCUCGCCGUGAGGCUGCUCAGGCUGCGCGGACGGUGCAGCGGCAGGCUGCUCCAGUGGAGGAUGAGCUGGAGCAGAGGAUGGCCAGAUUGAUUGAUGGCCGUCUGGCAGCGUUAGGACUGGCUGGGUGUCCUCGGAGUGCCACUCGUCCACCUCUGGCGGGUGACAACUCCGAAGUGGCGAGGGCUGCAAGGACGGCCAUUGAUCAGGCCUCCGGUCUGGGUCCGGCGCCGCGGCUUGAGCAGCCGGUGGUGGAGUUGGAGGUUCGGGCCCCUGCACGCCCGGCCUCUGAGAGGCGGGGUUGUAAGGGCGUAGGUGCUGGGGGAGUGACAGAGUGGGGGCCCUUCGGGCCGUCGACCUCAACAGCUGUGGUCGACGAAUGCCCGGAGCUCCCCUGGGUCGAAGUCCGGGGGAGGAGGGGGAAGGGGAAGGGCGUGGGAAAGAAGUCCCAGCCCAAACCUGCGGAGCGACCGGCGGCGGCCCCAACAAAGGCCACUGCAACGGCGCCCAAGGCACCCCCCAGGGCGGCGCCAGCGAGGGCGGCCAAGCUGUCGGCCCCUAGCUCCUCGGCUGUAAUUCUCAAGUUACAGCCGGAGGCAGCGCAAAAAGGGGCCACAUACAGCUCCGCCCUCCUCAAGGCCGAGCAGGCGGUGAGCCUGGAGGGGCUAGGAAUCGGCUCGCUUCGGAUUCGCCCGAGUGCGACCGGGGCGAGGCUAAUCGAGGUCUCUGGCCCUUCCAACUCAGACAAGGCAGAUGCGCUUGCAUCGGCCUUGAAGGCGGCCCUUUCCGGCGUCGCGGACGUUUCCAGGCCCGUCAAAACCGCGGACUUCCGCGUGACGGGCCUGAAUGAUGCGGCAACGGCAUCGGUUAAAGGCUGCGGUCGCGCAAGCCGGGAGCUGCACGGAGGACCAGGUCUGGGUGGGUGA